UGGCGCACUACGGCCUCAUGGCGCUCGCCAGCCCCGAAGCACCGAGCCUGGCGCGUGGCAGCGGUGCCCCGUGCUUUCCUUCGCCUGGCGCCGCUCGGGGUGCGCUGUGCCCUCGCGCCCCGUGCCGAGCCCCAUGCCAAGCCUGUCACCCGCCCUUGCCACGUGCCCUCGAUCUGCCACGCAGGGCUUGGGGGAGUGCCUCGAAUUUCACGCCAUGGGUCGCAGCGACACGGUGUAGCUUCUUGGCGGCGCUUGCACCGCUGUAGUGGAAAGAGCAUCGCCCCACGUUCCAGCAGGGAGAGGGAACUGUUACUGUGAAAACUGGGAUAUCCCACUAAAUAUGCGGCAGAUGGUGACACUAAAUUGAUUUCACUGAGAUGAUGAGGGCUUUGGGGUACCCACGGCUCAUCUCCAUGGAGAAUUUCCGCACUCCAAACUUCAUGCUAAUUUCAGAAAUGCUUCUUUGGCUGGUGAAAAGGUAUGAACCACAGACCGAUAUUCCUUCUGAUGUUGAGACAGAGCAGGACCGGGUCUUCUUCAUUAAGGCAGUUGCUCAGUUUAUGGCUACCAAAGCUCACAUAAAGCUCAACACAAAGAAGCUCUACCAAGCAGAUGGCUAUGCAGUGAAGGAGCUGGUGAAGAUUACCUCUGUGCUGUACAAUGCCAUGAAGACCAAAGGAAUGGAAACCACUGAAGUGGAGGAGGAAGAUGGCAGCAAAUUCAAGUUUGACCUUGGUUCUAAAAUUGCAGAUUUGAAGGCAGCCAGACAGCUUGCUUCAGAAAUCACUUCCAAAGGAGCAUCUCUUUAUGAUUUACUUGGCAAAGAGGUAGAAUUGAGGGAAGUGAGAACAGAAUCCAUUGCUAGGCCUCUGGAGAUAAAUGAAGCUGAAAAAGUGAUGAAAAUUGCCAUUAAAAACAUUCUGGAACAAGUCCAGAAGACUAAAGACAUGUUAAAUAAUGUGGCUUUGGAUGAAGCCAAUUUGGAAGUCAAGAUAGAAAAAAGAAAAUUGGAACUGGAAAGAAACCAGAAGCGACUUCAGACCCUACAGAGUGUCCGCCCAGCUUUCAUGGAUGAAUAUGAGAAGAUUGAGGAGGAACUGCAGAAACAGUACAGCAGUUACCUAGAAAAAUUCCGUAACCUGACUUAUCUGGAGCAGCAGCUGGAUGAUCAUCAUAGGAUAGAGCAAGAGAGGUUUGAGGAAGCAGAGAACACACUACGCCUGAUGCAGAACAGACUGAAGGAGGAGGAAAAACGCUUGCUUAAGCCUGGAAGUAAUGAUGACUCCGACAUAGAAAUUCAAGAAGAUGAGGGAUCUGAUAGUGAACUGGAAGACAGGCAGCUCAUGAAGCAUCACACAGCCAUGGAGAUCCCAAUGCAAGGAAAACUCAACAAACGGGUCAUGGGGACAAUGCAAGGUGGAGACAUAGAAGAUGAUGGAUCAACCCAAGCCCAACCAGGUAAACACAAGCGCUCCAGGACCAAGGCACAGGAGGACUCAGAGGACAGCGAAAUUGACCUGGAUGAUGAUGAGGAGGAGGAUGACAUGGAGGAUGACAGCGUAGAAAUCUCCCCCAGCAAGGCUAAUCGCCGGGCAAGGAAACCAGAGCCACUUGAAGAGAGUGACAAUGACUUCUGACUCCCCUUCCACUGCAAAACCAGUUAACGUCUUGAGAUGCAAACACCAGGCAACACUGGGGCUGGGAACAGAGCAUACUGUAUCAGGCCUGACCAUAUUUUAUAUCAGAAUGAAUGUGGGAGCUAGUAAAUAGUAAAGCUAUAUUCAUAAAGUAAAUUACACUAUUGCCAGUCAUUUUCCCUGCUUCUGAUUCAUAUCAUUUGAACUGUUUUGACAAGUAAACUGUUUUUAAGUAAAAGCC